AACUCAGUUCUUGCAGAACACAGGUUCGACAAAAUGGGAAAGAUCGGUGUUGUGCUAAUAUUCAUUUGCAUUCUCGCGACUAUUGUGAGUUGUGAGAAGGCUCGUUUCGAUAACUACCGAGUGUUUACGGUUGGUGUAGACAGUGAAGAUCAACUAAAAGUGUUGCGUGAAUUGGAAAGUGUUUCAUCAUCAAGCUAUGACUUCUGGACUAGUCCUACUAAAAUUGGUCGAUCUGUAGACAUUAUGGUGCCCCCACAUAAGUCUGCGGAAUUUGAAGAAGUUAUGACAACGUAUCAGUUUGCUACGACGUUGAAAGUUGAAAACGUUCAGGAGCUCAUUGACAACGAACAGCCGAAAUUUAGAGCCAGAGAUGGUGAAUUUGGAUGGACACAGUAUCAUACCCUUGAGGAGAUCUACGCUUGGUUGGACUUGAUGCUAGAACAAUACAGCACCGUCCUAACACCUAUCGAUGCAGGAAACAGUUUCGAAGGACUACCAAUUAGAGGAGUUCUACUGUCUUAUCGUGAGGGAAACCCCGCUGUCUUCAUUGAAUCCAACACCCAUGCUAGAGAAUGGAUCACUUCUGCUACAGCCACAUAUGUCCUUAAUGAAUUCCUAACAUCAACUGAUCCUGAUAUUCGUCGAAUUGCUGAAAGUUACGACUGGUACAUCUUUCCCAAUGUCAAUCCUGAUGGAUUCCGGUUUUCUCAUGAGAAUAAUCGAAUGUGGAGAAAGACACGAUCCCGUCAUGGUUUAGUUUGCAGGGGAGUUGAUCCAAACCGAAAUUGGGCUCAUCAAUGGCAAGAUGGAUCAGGCCCUGGGGCAAGUAGUGACGUUUGCUCAGAGACAUACGCUGGACCUCAAGGAUUCUCUGAACCAGAAACCAGACAACUGGCUGACUUUAUACUUGAUCAUGUAAACCAUAUCAAAGUUUUCUUGUCAUUCCAUUCAUACAGUCAGUUACUCCUGUAUCCUUGGUCCUAUACAGCAGAACGAGCAGAUAAUUAUGAUGAUCUGCAUCAAAUAGGAGUAGUAACGGGCGAUAAGCUUAAGGAGCUAUAUGACACGGAAUACACAAUUCAGAGUUCAUACGAACUCUAUAUUUCUACUGGGACUAGUGUUGAUUGGACCUAUGGACAGGCCGGUAUAAGAAUAGGCUACACUUAUGAAUUCCGUGACACAGGACGUUAUGGAUUUAUUCUCCCAGCUGAUCAAAUUAUUCCUAAUGCGGUUGAAGUCUUGCAAUCAAUGAUCGCAAUGCUAGAUGAAUGCGAAAAUUUGGGCUACAUGACGCAAAUAAACAGGAUGAAAUUUGUGAUCUUAGGCAUUUUAAUAGCCUUCGUAGUGGCUGAUCCAGCGCGUUUUGAUAACUAUCGCGUGUACAGUGUUUCAGUAGAGUCAGAAGAUAACUUAAAAGUGCUCAGGAGUGUAAACAGAGGUCUCAACGGUUACGACUUUCUCGUGGAACCAAGAAUACUCGGAGAUACUGCUGAUAUCAUAGUUCCUCCGCAUUUGCAAAAUGAUUUUGAGCAACUUGCCAAAAAGCAUGAACUUAAGGUAGAAUUGGUUAUUCCUGAUCUACAACGUAUGAUUGAUAUGGAGAGACCGAUAGAGAACAUUCAAAAAGCAUCAGAAGAUUUCGACGUAAAUGAAUACCACAGUACUGAGCAUAUCAAUGAGUGGUUGUACUAUCUGGCUGAGCAAUAUCCGGAAGUUCAAAUCAUCAGGGGCGGAUCCACUUUUGAAGGUCGAGACAUUAUUGGAAUAAACAUCAACCGGAGAGGAGAUGAUAGCCCAGGAAUUUUCAUUGAGUCAAAUAUCCAUGCACGAGAAUGGAUUACUUCAGCCUCAACUGUAUGGAUGAUAAACAAGCUUCUAACGGCAACCGAUACUGAGCCAGAGUACAAGGAUUUAGCUGACAACAUUAACUGGUACAUCUUCCCAGUGGUUAAUGUUGAUGGAUAUGAAUAUUCACGAGAUGUCUAUAGAAUGUGGCGUAAAACGCGUUCUCGUCAGGGCUUUAUUUGUCAUGGAGUGGAUCCUAAUCGGAAUUGGGACACAUACUGGCAGACCGGAGGAACUGGGGCUUCGGAUAACAUGUGCGAUGGGGACUUUGGCGGACCUGAAGCAUUCUCCGAAAUCGAAACUGAAACUCUAUCUGAUUACAUCCUCAGCAUUCAGGACAAACUCAAUAUCUACAUUUCAUUCCACUCUGCUGCCGAAUUGCUCCUGUUUCCAUGGGGUCAUACCUCUGAUCCAGUACCCGGCUUUGAAGACUUUAAUACAAUAGCUCAAACUACAGUUGACGCUCUUAGAGAAAGACACGGAACUCAGUAUCGCUUUGGUUCAAUUAACCAAGCAAUUUAUCCAGCAACUGGUGGUUCUAUAGAUUGGGUAUUUUUGAGACUUGGCAUACUUUCAUACUGUUAUGAGUUCAGAUCUAGGAACACAGCUACUGGUGAGAGAUAUGGAUUCCUUGCGCCCCCUGAUCAGAUUCAACCAAAUGCAGAAGAGGUAUUGGAUUCCAUGGUUGCAAUGGUUGCCAAAGCCAGGGAACUCGGCCAUCUCUGAAAACUUACCUGUUAGCUGAAUGUAGGCACGAUUCACACAAAGCGAACCUUCAAACGAUACGAAUUUUCUCUUUGUUUG